AUGAAGCUAGACGCAAAAGCGCUAAGAUAUCUUACUGGAGAAGAUUUUCGAGUGCUUACCGGGGUCGAAACUGGGAGCAGAAACCAUGAGGUCGUUCCGACCCCGCUAAUCGUUCGAUUAUCUGGGCUUCGAGGGGGCAGCGCAGUCCAUAAGUCGAUAUCAAAUCUUGCGAAAUUAAAUCUAAUCGCUCGGGUGAAAAAUGCGAAAUAUGAUGGCUACCGGCUUACCUACGGAGGCCUCGAUUACCUUGCCCUUCAUACGUAUCAGAAACAACAGGUGGUUUAUUCGGUUGGAAACCAAAUCGGAGUUGGGAAGGAAUCUGAUAUUAUAGCUGUUGCAGAAGCGUCUGGAACACAACGAAUAUUGAAAAUCCACCGACUAGGCCGAAUAUCUUUCCGUUCGAUUAAAAAUAAUAGGGACUAUUUGCGACAUCGAAGCUCUGCCUCAUGGAUGUACAUGUCCCGACUGGCUGCAAUGAAGGAAUUUGCAUUUAUGAAAGCUCUGAAGGACCAUGGAUUUUCUGUCCCAGAGCCGAUUUCCCAAAACCGACAUACCAUUGUUAUGAGUAUGAUCGAUGCUUUUCCCCUUCGUCAAAUAUCAUCUGUCCCAAACCCUGCCGCGUUAUAUGCGGAACUAAUCGACACAAUCAUGGAAUUGGCAAAAUUCGGUUUGAUACAUGGUGAUUAUAACGAAUUUAACAUCUUAAUAAAGGAGGAGGAAAUAGCGACCGAAGAAGAAGAUCAAGAGAAUAAGGACAAGAAUGUGGAGAAUGUUAAACUCACACCGGUUGUGAUUGAUUUCCCACAGAUGGUCUCAGUUGAUCACGCAAACGCUGAAAUGUACUUCUACCGGGACGUCAACUGCAUCAAACGCUACUUUCAACGGCGAUUUGGAUUUGUCAGUGACGAACCUGGACCUUUCUUCUCCGAGGCACGAAAACUUGUGGGAACCGAGGGAACUCCCCGGCUGGAUGUUGCAGUUGAGGCCUCAGGCUUCUCGAAGAAGAUGGCUAAAGAGCUGGAGGCAUACAUGCAAGAAGUUGGUGUGGACGGCGAUGCUGGGGGUGCUGAGGACGAGAGUGAGGAUGGGGACGAUGACCACGAUCUUGACGAGAAUCAAGAAAAUGACGGUGAUGACUUCGAUGGGUAUGAGGAAGAUAAUGAACAUGAUGGUUCAAAGACAGCAGAUGGAACCCCAGAGGCGAAAUCACAAACAUCGCGUCCUGAUGCUGGUAAGAUAGGGCUGGAUGAGCUCACUAUAUCUGAACCUUCAUGA